CUCAUGCCUCCAGAUGGCUGCACUGAGGAUCACGCAGGACGUUGUGAAAAACAUCCGGGAAGGGGUGAGGACACAGAUCGGCAAGUGCGCCUACCUCAGCCAGGCUUACAACCUGUCCGUAAACGUCGUUUGUGACAAGAUCGUGUACUCCAUGAACACCUUCUGGGCCGCCUCGUUGCUGUUCUGCUUGGGCUACCUGAUCCACGAGCUGCUGGCUCAGCAGGCGAACAAGGUGCAACUGAAACUCGAGGUGGAAAAGGAAGAAGAGGAAGCGGAAGCGGACGUACAAGCGACAACCGUUGCAGACGUCGCCUAAGCGACGUCUUACACGUACUUUGCACAUGGAUGAUGCCCUAUGCACGAGCAGUUAACUGUCUGUUCCCUCGAAGGAACAGCGAAACCUGUCAGAACGCGAUUCCCGUCGAACAACACAAGACCAGAACUCUCUUGAAAGGAAAUUAUACGUUUAUAG